UACAGCUCUGAUCUUACGAGCGCUUUCCCGUCGGUAGGCCAGAGAUGGACUUCGAGCUGUACGUCCAGCUGUCCGCAGACCACGACGACGUCGACAGACCUACGAUGGGUUCGUUGUGGUGCCUCAGGAGGCCUUCUUGGGUCGGCGUGCAGACGAGGAAGUCGUACCACGACUUCGUUGGACAGUUUGAUGCUCUUGUGGACACGGACGUGAGGUGGACUCCGUACACUGCAGCCGACAUUUACGCCCGGGCACCGAGCGGUCUUUCGUCCUUAUGCCUGCGAGAUCACGAGUACUGGAUGACGAGGAAGCCGAUCCUUUACGACAUCCACGUCGAGGAGUACCACGUUCACCGGGUUAUGAGGCAGUUCGGUCUCUACCAGCAGACCCCGGUCCCGAUUGUGCACUCAGUGGAGGCCCACGUCCACAGGUGGACACGGCAGGGUCAGCCACCAGGCUCGCGGUGGGCCGACAAAAUCCGUCCUUACGUCAACUCUUGGGCCGCGGCCCUCGAUGACAUUGUUUUCGAGGAUCGGCCGCACAGCGACGAGGCGUUCGCGGACUACCUACGGUGGUACCUGCCGAGGACGCGCACAUGUGUCGUGCACGUUCCUCCAGAGGCACCGAUCGAGGCCGCAAGGGUGUCGGAGACAUACCCCGUAGUUCGAGACCAGAACUUCGCCAUAGCGUACGAUGUCAUACGAGCGAUUGAGUCCGAGGCUUCGUCGAGUAUGGGCCAGUACCAUGACAUGACGCCCGCCCAGCACCAGAGCACGCUGCAGAAGAUCGUCGAUAUGGGCAAGCGAUUCCGACGAGCCGUGACCUGUCGUGAGGACGACACCUUCCUCCCACCUUGCAGUUCGGGGCCGGUUCCUGUGACCGGUCCAUCGUCACGACGGUCUGCACCCGCGGCACAGUCAGGUCCACCGCCACCGCCACCGCCACCUGACACGAUGGCGACACCUUCGGGUUCUGCAGUUCGGCCCACGUACGUGCCGCGACCGGCACAUUUGUACUCGGCAGCGCCUGGCUCGUCGCUGUUUCCGUCGAUGGAUCCCUACGGCGCUGGAUCUUCGUCUCUUCGUCGUCCAAUACACGAUUUAGAGUACCGGCAGGUGGGAGGGACAGACGACGACGAGGAGAUUCAGGAGGUGGACGACCUCGCGCAGAUUGAGUGGGUGAACACGUUCUUCUCUUCUGCACCGACACAGCAGGUCGUCGGCACUUCACAGCUGGGGGGUGCCCCACUCGCGACGCAGGACUACAGUCAGGUGGAGCAGACGCUUGUUCCUGAGCAGGGUCGUCAGUCCACUCGCCAGACCAUCCCGCCGGAGCCACUGACGUACUCGCAGCACCACACUAGGGCGGGCCAGGCUGCAGAGCGACGUGGCAGGAGGAGAGGGGGCAAGCGCGGACGCAUCUAG